AUGCCGACCCGCCCCUGCCCCGCAGCGACGCCGCGCGCGCUUCCCCGGGGCGCCGCGUGUCGCCGGGGGGCGCGGCCAGCCGGGCGGCGCUGGCGUUUGCGGGCGCAGCCGGACAGCGACGCCGCGCGGGCCCUGCAGGACGUGUACAAGGGGUUCCAGGCGCUGCUGGAGCAGCAGCAGCGCGUGCAGGAGCCGGACCCCGCGCCCUGGCUGCACGUGUGCGGCGUGGACUUCCACCCGGCGUCGUCCCCGACCCCCCUCCUGACCGACGUCAGCCUCGCCGUGCCGCCCGGGCAGAUGGGCCUGAUCUUCGGGCGCAGCGGCGCGGGCAAGUCGACGCUGUUGCAGAUCAUCGCGGGCCUCGCGGAGCCCACGGGGGGGGACAUUCACAUCCACCCCUACUACAACACCCCCCCCCCGACGCCCGGCCUGACGGGCGCCGAGCGCGGCGCGGGCGUGGGGCUCGUCUUCCAGUUCCCCGAGCGGCACUUCCUCGGCCGCACGCUCCUCCAGGAGCUCGUCUACGGCGCCCCGCUGCGCUCCAUGUCGCCGUUUGAGCGCCAGGCGCUGGUCGACCGCGUGCAGCAGGUGUGCGAGGCGACGGGCCUCGGGCACGUGGGGUUCGAGACCGCGACGCACUCGCUGUCCGACGGGUACAAGCGGCGGCUCGCGCUCGCGGCGCAGCUGGUGCGCGGGCCGGGGGUGCUGCUGCUCGACGAGCCGCUGGCGGGGCUGGACUGGCGGGUGCGGCGGGAGCUCGUGGAGCUGCUGGAGAAGCUCAAGGGGCAGUGCACGCUGCUGGUGGUGAGCCACGACCUGCGGGAGCUCGCGCCGCUGGUCGACAUGGCGUGGGAGAUGACGUCCGAGGGGCGCCUGCGGAGCGCGGACCUGGCGGAGCUGCCGCGGGGCGGGGCGUGA